AUGAUAAUUCCUGUUAGUGGUUGUCUGAGUCGAUUGUUACAACAAUCUUCACAUGCACACCAUCAUAUAUUAAAAAAUAAAAACAUUAUUGAAUUUAAAGAUAAUAUUAAUAGUAAACGUUUACGUCGAUCGACAUCUAUUGAUAGUAAUCGUAAUAAUGUAAAUAGUAAUAGUUUUUUAAAUUUCGAAUAUUAUCAAAGACCUUUUAGUAGUAGCAAUAGUAGUAGCAAUAGUAGUAUAAGUAAUAAUAUAGAUUCACAACAACAAUUACCCUUACAACCAGUGAUACCAACGAAUUGUUGUGGUAAUGGGUGUGCACAUUGCGUUUGGGAUAGCUAUUUCGAUGAGUUGGAACAAUACAACUUGAAGAUGAAAGAGAUUAACCCUAACCUACCGGACGAGCCUCUGCUGACAUCAGACGAAAACGAAGAUCCAAUGCAAUUCUUUAUGAAAAUGGAACGAUUCUUUGCACUUCAAAAGAAGAAACAAGAACAACAACAGAAAUUAAAACAAGAGAAGCAAGAUGAACAGCUAAAAAUAGAUAUUGGUACUUCCAUUGCAAGUUCCUAA